AUGGCUACAAAAACAUAUAUUUGGAAACGAGCUUAUUCCAUAUGGACAAGCUCUGUUGAAGAGCUUGAACCGGAAACUCAGGAAAGAGUCAUGCAAACAAUAAGCGAAGACUCAAAUACAAACUAUGACAAAAUCUUUCUAGGAUAUAGGUUACCUGAGAUGGGCGACCAGAGCCCAAAGGCAAAAAGGACAUGGGAAAUUUACAACAUACUAGGUGAACAUGAGGCAAAGAUGCAACGACUUGAAGCAGAGGGCAAGUUACCAAAAGCGACACAAAGAAGAAGAGAAGAGUAG